GAACAGAUAUGGGUACGAAACAUAACACUCUAUUCAAAAGUUGUUUCCCUUCAUAAAGCUUCGGCAUUUGUAAGAAGAAAGACAGAAGCAAGGGAUAGAUAAAAUGUCAACUGGGCGGACUAUUAGUCAGGGAAGCUCUUAUCCAAGUGUGUCCUGGGCAGAUACAUUGGAUAUACAAAGAUCUGCAUUAAGAUGGGAUGUCAAAAGAGCAAUGAAAAGUCUGUGUAGUAAGCUUGCAGAGAUUGGUGAGGAAUGUUUUGUUGUGACAGUUAACAUUUCAAAUGGAUGGGUUGGUCACCUGGGAACUCCACGUGGUGAUGAAUAUAUUGAUGAGAAAGCACAUAUCUUGUAUGAUUUUCUCAAUUAUUGUGCAGAAUCUUUCCAUGCCGAGGAGAAUGAGGAAGAGAUUGAAGACAAUAGUUCUGAUACGGAAUCUUGUAAAAGUGAUACUAAUAAUGCAGAAAAAGAUGAAACACCAAUCAGAAUAAGUAGACCAAUAGAGGAGAUUGAUGGUAAUGUCAUGACAACUGGUGAAGAGAGGGAGGAAGAAAAUAUAAAUAUUGAUACCUGUACAACAUUACAACUUAAUCAGCCAGCUAUGAAAAUGAUUCCAUUAGAAAGUGGUGCAGAGAAAUUUAUUCUAAUGAGCCCAGCUGACUUCAAGAAUGUUACACAGAGAGUGCUGGAAACAGAAUAUCAGCCUGUUGUCAAAUUAAAACCUCCUCAAGAAAUUCAAACUGGAGGAAUUGUGUCAUUUAAGAAAGAUGAAAUGACUGGAAGUAAACAGAAGAGGGAACAGUCAUUUGAAGGAAAAACAAAUCGAGGGAAUAUGUCAAAUGUAUCCAAACAAUAUAAAGAAUAUUUAACAAACACUAGCAAAUCCCUACAAAGCAAGGAAGUCACUGAAACAGAGGGUGUUGCUGAGAGCACAAGGGUAUUAAGGAGCCGUAAUUCACGAAAACAGAAGACUGAAUCUAGUGAUGAUGAAAAUGAAGAGGAUGAAGAUGAUGAUGAUACUGUGGACAAUGAGGAUAGUGAUUUUGAUAUUGAUGAUGCUAAAGAUGAAGAUUGGGAUGUAGAAUUGGAGGAAAAGGGAUUGUAUUUGACACCAGGUAGAGACAGUAAGGGAAGAUUCAAAGGUCGACUCAGGUCAGAGAGGAAACAAAUGAAGGUCAAGGACAGUUUUGAUAGUGUUGAAAAAGAUAUUGAUGAAGAAAAAGCAGAAGAUGGUACAAGCACUGAAGAAAGUGAUAAGUUUGUAAGAGUGAAUUUCAUCCAUAGUAUUAGAGCAGGUGAAAAAGGAAUUCAAGUAAUGGAAGGCAGAUUAGAAUCUGUUGAAGACACUAAAGAUAUUAAAUAUAUUGGGACAAAGAAAAUUGAAGAAAAUAAGCAGAAACUUGAGAAAAGUGUAAACAAAGGUACAACUUUAUCUAAAAGAAAGAAAAGAAAAAUUAUGACUGUUGUUGAAGAAGAUGCAAUUCCAUUUGUAGAUAUUAAAUUAGAAAAUGUAUGUAAGGUAGAGAUUGGUGAAGAACCAAGUGAAGGUUGACUGAUGGAGGCAGAAGUAAAAAAGAAAACAAUUUGAGACAUGUCAUCGCAAAGAAAAUUGAGAAGUAUAGCCUAUGAUAAAUGGGCAGUUAUAGUUGAAGUUAAAGAAAAUGAAAUUAUAAAUUCUGAAAUUGAUGAUCAAAUUGAGUAUAAAGACAAGAGAAACAAGUAAAAGUAAAAUAACUGUUUACUCGCCAGUGAUCUAAGUGACUACCGGUACUUUAUGUAAUAAUGUUAAAGUCAAUCAAGCUGAUUACAUAUCUUCAUGAAAGAUCCAUGUAGAGGUGCCUGUGGUCGAGUGAUUAAGUUCGUUCACUUAAAACCAUUUGCCCCUCAACUCGGGGUACAAAACCCGCCAUGACUUUGGAUUCUUUCAUGUGACAAAGCUAUCCAGCUUGCUUGUGGAACAUCAGUGGUUUUACUUAAGUGUCUGUUUGUGCCUAAUACAAGAAGGGGAACUUGAGGUCUACCUUCACCAUUAAAGCUGGAAAGUCACUACAAGGCAUUUACAAAGGAAAGUGUGUAGAUGUAUGUGUUACAGAUUGACGUAACUUUAAAUUAUGUAUAUUAUCACUGUGAAAGACAUGUGUCCAAAUUUCAGUAAUGAGUGUUUGUGUAGCUUAUAUGACUUGAUACAAUCAUUGUUUGUAAAACAUACUUGAAAGUGUAUGAAGUGUUGCAGAAUAAUUAUGAAACACUUCAAAUAUAGCCCAGUUCUCCACGAUACUGGUGUACAUAUUUUAUACAAGGUGUUUUGCUGACAGAAUACUCCUCACCUGAAUAAAAGAAGGAAUUUAUAACUUCUUAAACUAGAAAACAUUACAAAGUUAUGUUGCUUGAAAAUUCUCGCCCACGAGGAAUGUUAACAAUGGUCGACCAUUUUGUAUAACAUAGCUUAGCAGACUUCAUGUGAACAGUGUAAAAAAUGUGAUUCAUAAAUGUUAUAAGGAAAGCCAUUGUUGUUUUAACAGUAACAACAUCAUUUCUUGUAUUCAUAUCUGAGAUAUUUUCACUUCAAGACAAAAUAAAAACUUGUGUUUCAAAAAUUUACUGUCCAUCUUCCAUUAAUCUUCCCAACUAGAGGUGUAUAGUAUGCCAUGUGGCUGACUCAAAAUUCCCUUGAACUUAAUUUUGUGGUCCUUUUGUAUAAUUGAAUCUUUUCUUCUUUUUUUUUGCAAUAUGGUUUUCCCCUUUACUGCUGUGCAUUCAAACAGGAACUUUGGAUUUUCCAUGUGAGGUAGCUACAGGCCCCGUGUUCACAAAAAAAGAUCAGGAUCAGGAUCAACUGAUCCUGAUUUUAUUUUCAUUGUUUUAUAAAACUAAAACUGAUCGUAUUAUGCUAUAAUUAAUGGUAUUUAUUCGAAAUGAAAAUAUAUGCUUAUUUGCAAAGAAACCAACCCAUUUUGGGAUAAAAUCAACAAAUAACAAAACAAAUACAAAAAUAAUCGGAUCAAAAUGAGGAUCAAUUUUAGGAUCAAGAUCAAAAUUUGGAUCAACUGUAAAAUGCCAGUAUCUUGUAAAAAUAACAAUAAAUUUAUUCUAAAAUUUCAUAAACAUGCUAUUUCAGGUCCAGUUUUAUCAAGUUAAUAUGGAAUAUUUAAUCUAUGAUGAUAAAGUAUGGAGAAUGUUUGAGUUUUUGUAUUUGAUCCUGAUCUUGAUCCUUAAAUCUUUGUGAACAGGGGCCAGAAUGCCAGUGGUUCUACUUGUGUCUUUCUGGGGUCAAUAUUGUAUUUAAUAUAAUUGACAAAAUAUUUCAACAUAAAUAUAUUAAGAUGAUUUUGGCUAAUUUUUUGUUUAGUGUUUUAUUAAUGUUUUAUUAGUACAUGUAUCUUAAUAAAGAAAGUUAACUUGUA